GUGUGUGUGUUGCAGUCAUGGCGGUGGAUAUCACUCUGCUGUUCAAGGCGAGCGUGAAAACGGUGAAGACGCGCAACAAAGCGCUCGGUGUGGGGCCCGAGAGUGCAAAGGACGAGCUGCUGCGGAGAAACAGACCGAAAAACAGCUUCUCCUGCAAAGCCAAGGACGUGAUCUCCAACAUCACCAAGCUUAAGGAUUUCCUGCUACAGCACAGAAAGGACUACGUGAACGCCGGCAGUUUACUCUCGUCAGAUGUGACUCGUAUGACUGACUGCGAGAGAGACCAGAUCGAUCAGGACGCUCAGAUCUUCAUGAGAACGUGUUCGGAUGCCAUCAAACAGCUAAGAACUGAAGCAGAGAAGACCGUGAUUUCUGCUCAAAUGAAGGAGCACCGCGGGGCUGUGCUGGACAUGAUAGAAGUCUACCUUAAAGGUGUAUGUAAGCUAUAUUCAGAGCAAAGAGCGAUCCGUGUGAAGAGGGUGGUGGAUAAGAAGAGACUGUCUCGGCUGGAACCAGAACAGAAAACUAAAGUGGAAAAACCUCAGAGUGAAGAUGCAGAGCAAAGUGUACCGGAGGAAAGCAGUGAGAAGCCAACGAGUGAUGGUGGUGUUGACCUGUGGGAGGACACCAGGGUGGAGGACGAGCUCUCACCUGAGGAAAUUCAGAUGUUUGAACAGGAGAAUCAGAGGCUGGUGAGUGAGAUGAAUAGCCUGGUGGAUGAAGUAAGGCAUAUAGAAGGUAAGGUGGUAGAGAUUUCGCGACUGCAGGAGAUUUUUGCUGAGAAGGUUCUGCAUCAGGAGACAGAAAUUGAUAACAUUCAUCAGCUGGUUGUCGGAGCCACCGAAAAUGUUAAAGAAGGCAAUGAAGACAUUCGAGAGGCAAUCAAGAAUAAUGCAGGUUUUCGCGUCUGGAUCCUCUUCUUCCUGGUCAUGUGCUCCUUCUCUCUGCUCUUCCUGGAUUGGUAUGACAGCUAAUGACUGAAAAAACAGCAUCUCAUGAGAAGAUGUGAUGUCAGAUGGGACUGUAACACCAAGUCGUCGAAUCAGAAGUUCAGAAGAAUACACAAGCAUGUGUGUGAAGCAUUGUGCACAUGAGGACUUUAAUCCCGGGCCUAUUAAAAUGGGCUCAUUAACAAACAGCACCUUUGAUAUAUUUUAUGUGUAUAUAUUAAUCUGAUCUCUCAGUUGUUGUUGUUGGUCUUUCAACUGCUCCCGUUGAAGUGCUCGCCACAGCACACCAUCCGAUCCGCACACCACUUGGUGUAAAGGAUUUACGCCUGACACAGCCCUCUCAUUUUUUUUCCAGGCUUGGGACUGGCAUUACAUCCAGUGGCUGGUGUUUGGGAAUUGGGUGGGAAUCGAAUCCGGGCCUUCCGCGUGGCAGGCGAGAAACCUUCCACUGAGCAACCAACGGCCUAUUAAUCUGAUCUGUCAGUGUGAGGCUAAAAAAUAAACUUGUUUUUUUGUCAGAAUAUUGAAGAUGUUUUUCAUGCGUCUUCGCCCUGACUGUUGAAAUCUGGUACUGUAAAUUGCU